AUGCCAAAGCUGGCCUCGCCCUCACUGCGCUUACAAGCGCCAACCUUGAGCACGGCGGGCCGUAGCUUUGCAUCCUCACCACGAUGCCGGCUCGCCCAAGCGCGUCAUGGCAUCUUGAACGAGCCCUGGCUACCUCCACACUUGAACGGACCUUUCCCCACAACAUACUUCUCUCCUGUGAGAAUACACCGAGAAUUCAACGGGCUAGAAACAGGCCCACAAAAAGGUGACCACAAACCACCAGAUGAGCGGGUACUGAAGCUCGGAAAGACUCUACGAACACUUUCUCCUCUCCUGCCUACACUCCUCUACAAUACCCUUCCUGCGGGAAUUCUCGCGCCAAGCGUCAAUCUCCACCUCUUCCCAUCGACACACCCACAUCUCCCCACCGUCAAAGGCCGCACUCUAUAUCGCGCUGCACUGUGGACAGUUCCAGUAGCAUGGAGUAGUGUCCCGCUAGUGGGCAAUGUCAAGCUGCAAAUCCUCAGUGAGCGCAUCGUACGCGCAGGUACAGUUCUUGAUCCCGAGCACGCAGAGAACCACGAUUGCGGCGAUGAACGACUGGUUGUACGAUGGAAGACAGAACCACGAACGGAUAGCCGGCCUUUCCACGAGCCAAGGAGUGAUACGUCCUCUGAAAGGCGAGCGAAUAAUUCAAAUCCGUCACAAGCACCCGGUGCCGGCGCAGGAACCACUUCACAAUCCCCGCAACCCCAUAGUGGCGCAUCAUCAUCAUCGGCCAAGAACAGCACAAAUAAAGGACUAAGCGUCCUUCUCGGCGGCGAUGAACCGAUAUUUAAGCUCUCAAAAGAAGAGCAGUUCACUGGCCUUUUCAUUUUCUCGUUUGACGAGGCAGGGCGUAUUCUAACGCAUACAAUUGAACAUGCCGAUGAGGCAGAUGGAUGGGAUCGCACUGCCAAAUUUGUGACUUUGACUGACUGGCUGAUUGGCAAGGCGCGUGGAUCACUAGAUCCAGCGCCAAAUCCGGGCCUAAUCAUGGAGUCUUGCGAGGACUAUGGUAUACCGAAUGAUACUCGGUAUAUCCGAACCUGA